AUGGCGGAUCGCUCCAUAAAGCGUCCGGUGGGAGUUCUAGAGGAUGUCCCGGUCAUGAUUGAUCAGUACUUUAUACUGGGGGAUUUUGUUGUUAUGGAUAUAGAGGAGGAUGCCAAGGUUCCUAUUAUACUUGGUAGACAUUUUCUAGCUACUGCUGGUGCACUUAUUGAUGUGAGGAGAGGAAAACUAGUGAUGGAGGUGGCUGAGAACAAGAUUGAGUUUGACAUAUUCAAAAUGGCGAAGUACCAGCCCUCGUAUGUGGAUGAAUGUUACUUGAUAGAAGGGCUGGGUGAGUGCGCUACUGAAAGUAGAAAGAUUGAGUUAGGGGAUUUGCAUGUUUCCCCUAUUGAUCCUAGACCCCCUGAACUGUCAAGUGUGCUGAAACAAAAGAAAAAGUUCUCUGGUCCUGGGGUUCUACAAAAGAUGGAUGAAGGAGCUGUCUAA